AUGAAUAAUCUUGAAUUUGGACCUUAAGUAAGUUAGCAGAUGAUUAGAUUACUUCAUGCAUUGAUAAAUAAAUAUGAAGAAUUGGAAAAACUAAACGAUGAUGAUCUGUAAAGGUAUUAAAAAAUGAAAAAUGAGGAUCCUUUACGAUUUUUAAAUUUAAAUUAGUAAAAUCAAUAAAAAAAAUGUUCAAAUAAGAAUCAUCUAAAGGAUAGAAUUACAGAAAGAAACAAUUUAAUUAUUGAGAAUCGUUACUAAUGUGGGACUUGCUUUUCAAUAUUUUUAAAUUAUUAAUAAUUAGGUCAACAUUGUUGGCAAUAUCAUUCAUCAAAAAACCUUCAAUCAGAUUCAGAUACUAAUCAAUAAUCAUAAUAAGGAUAAUAAUAGUGA